UCCCGCGAAACCCCAAUACUUGAAGCUCGUCUCACCACCGACAUCCACCUCCUCUGACAAACAAUCCUCCUCCUUCCUCCCAACAACACCCACACACACCUUCACCAUGGCGGAACCAACCAUUAUCUCCAACACGGCCACGCUCGAGAAGUACAACAAGCUCUCGCAAAAAGGCAAUGUCAUUGCCGAGUAUGUCUGGAUCGAUGCCUCCAGCGGUGUCCGCUCCAAGUGCAAGACCCUCCCCAAGAAGCCCGAUAGCAUCAAGGACCUCCCAGAAUGGAACUUCGACGGUUCCUCCACCGCCCAAGCACCGGGUGACAACUCCGACGUCUACCUCCGCCCCGUAGCCAUGUACCCCGAUCCAUUCAGACUUGGAGACAACAUUCUCGUCAUGUGCGAGACAUACAUGUCCGAUGGCAAGCCAAACGCCUACAACUACCGCCACGACGCCGCCCUUGUCAUGGAAAAGCACGCAGGAGAGGAGUUCUGGUUCGGUCUUGAACAGGAAUACACCAUGCUCGACUUCAACGGUUGGCCAUACGGCUGGCCAAAGAACGGGUUCCCAGCUCCUCAGGGUCCAUACUACUGCGGUGUCGGUACCGGCAAGGUUUUCUGCCGUGACAUAGUAGAAGCGCAUUACAAAGCUUGCCUGUACGCCGAGAUCAACAUCUCUGGCACCAACGCCGAGGUGAUGCCCGCGCAGUGGGAGUACCAGGUCGGCCCGUGUUCCGGCAUUGAGCUUGGUGACCAGCUCUGGAUGUCUCGCUUCCUCCUCCACCGCGUGGCCGAGGAGUUCGGUGUCAAGAUCACCUUCGCACCAAAGCCAAUCCCCGGCGACUGGAACGGUGCCGGUCUCCACACCAACGUCAGCACCAAGGCGAUGCGUGAGGACGGCGGCAUGAAGGCGAUUGAGAAGGCAAUGGAGGCCCUUGCUACCCGACACAAGGAGCACAUGGCCGUCUACGGAGAAGGCAACGAGGCUCGCAUGACUGGCGGUCACGAGACUGCUUCCUACGACAAGUUCAGCUGGGGCAUUGCGAACCGUGGUACUUCCGUUCGUGUCAACCGCGCUGUUGCUGAGGAGGGCAAGGGUUACUUCGAGGACCGUCGCCCUGCGUCCAAUGGUGACCCAUACCAGAUCACCGGCAUGAUCGUCGAGACUCUCUGCGGUAAGGUCGAGGGCGCCGAUGUCUACAAGACGGUCAUGCAAUCUGAGCAGAAAGAGCUUGAGAUGGUUGUGCCCAUCAGCAAGCCAUAAAUGCAGCGAUGCAUGCAACGGACGGACGAGAAACGAGUAUGACGCGAACGAUGAGAUUGAGAGAGACACACCACGACCGCUCUCGACACGACUGCGGUGCGAUGCAUAGAUCGAGGGCUCCGGGCAACUUGAUGAUAUCCUCUUCACUUGGUGAAGUGCGUUUGAGUGGUCGGACAUGGCAGAGGAGCUGGCGGAGCGGCCGACUGCUAUUUGCCUAUACCUGACCUGUUUUCACUAGAGUGGUGUAAUUAGAGCGAUCAACACGUUUUUCCCG